AUUCCAAAUACUGAAUUACGUACGAACUACUGUACGGUUGAGAAAAAUUGAAAUUUUCUUUCAAAAUAUGAUCCAGGUGUAUGGCGCCAACGAACUUACAAUGAGUACGGUACUCGUACCCAACUACUUGUUUGUGUGAGGCUACUACCUUACGAGGCUACCACCUUCCGAUAAUAAAGAAAAAGCAAAGACAGUACGGUAGCUACGUACCGUUAAAGAAAAGUUUACUCACCGUAUCAUCGAAACUCUUUUGCUGUACUGUAAUCGGUUUUAAUCCGUCUUCUGUUGAUUUUGGUUGUCAAACUCGAAGAGUCGAAGGGUUUUUCCAUAUAUUUGUUGUUUGAGAGAAACUUAGUUCAUCAAAGGUCGGGAGUGCAACAUAGCACUACUUAAGUGACCUCAGAUGUCGCCGCAUUGCCAGGUAGCUCGAUCUUGCCUUUGGAACAUUGCAUCCUUCGCUUGUUUCAUAUGCUUCUUUCCAAUCAGUGUACAAUGCAAUGCAGGGGGUAGUCAUUAUUUGGCUCGAGUUGAACAAAAUAGAAUGAACACGAAGAAUACUUUACUCGGUUCAGAUAAUUUUUCAAUGAGCUAUCACAGACCUAGAGAGCGAAAGCUAAAUAAUCGUAACAGAGGCCGAUAUUAUCAAUUUCAGGAUGGUGACAAUCGGUCCAAUACAACCCCCACUUCUUUAUCAGAUGUUUGGUUAUGUUUAGCCUGCGCAUUAGGAUGGUCCAUUUGGUUAGUAAGCACACGACAACCACCGCAACAACUUAUUUUCGACCAGCAAGAUUCUUCGAAGGCAAUGGGGCACGUUUUGCAGGUCAGUCUUGGUGAAGACAUUCUGGGAACAGGCAUCCCUGUUUAUUACGCACUUGUAGAUUUUGUAGUCAACGGUGACRCCGAGGACGAACAUAUACAGGUCAGAAAGGUAUUCACGAGUAAGAAAUUACUGGAAGAAGGUUUUGCAAACGUUGAAGUCUUGUACUUAAAAGAGGAUCCUACGAUAGCAAUGCUCAUGGAUGAUAUUUUGGAUCAAAAGAAAGAGCAAGAAUCCCAAGUCCCACAAAGURCUACCUAUUUUGUGGCAAUAUAUUUUGUUUCGAUUGUUCUAAUUGGAGCAUCUUUUUAUGGUGGUAUUCGAAUGGCAAGUCGGCUAGAUAAUCCAUUAUACGGUUGGAUUUCGCUUUCUGUUGGUUUACUCCUUCUUUACCCCGCAGCAAAAUUACUGUAUCGAGCUGUCACAUACUUAUACAGUCUCGCAGGGCCCCUUACUGAGCGUCCAGGUGUCAUAGUACAUGGGAGACGACUGUAUUGGACGAAACAAUGUCAUGAUACACUGAAUCCAUUUGAGAUUUUAGGGGCAAAAGAAAKUUACAAAAGGAAAGAUUCGGAUUCGGUGUCAGUGGAACUUUGUGAGCUUCAAGGCCGAAAAAUUAGAAAUGCCACUCCAACAUCCACUAACUUACUUUUUCCAAACGCUGGCUGUGGGUUUGGAAAUUUCAAUGUUCACUUACCAACCGGAAGAGCAAGGGCGARUUCAAGCGUCUCAUCUAUAAGUGCAUCGGCAUCACAGAAUUCAACAGAAAAAAGCAGAGGUUCUCAUAUUGUUCGCAACGAUACCUCCAUUCUGGAAAAAUAUGAAAUGCACGUSACAGCAAACGAGAAGAAUGACAAGGAAUAGAGAGUAUCGGCGUCUUUUAUACAAAGGCUAAUCAUUCAACUCAAGCUCCUUUCUUUGGGUUGUACAGAAUACUGAGUGACGUGUUAUGUUUGAAUAAGACUAAUCCUUAUCCCAGUUACUAACUGUGAUCGUAUUCUAGGUUUCUCCCCAUUCAGAAUCUAUCGAUAUCGAUAUCUAUUCCGUGSAAUAGGAUCUGAUCGUKUAAAUUGCUUACGAAGAACGCAUUCUUCGUAUGUGCCUUUGUUUCUAGAUAGUAAUUCACGUUAACAGUGUUUCUAGUCUCUCKGCUGCCCAAARSGGAAAAUUUCAGAAGGAUAUCUUGAAAAUUCAAAAAUCAUUUUUAAUCUCUUGAAUGGAGAGCACAAGUAAGUGCUGCCCGGACGCAUACAGCAGGGUUUGGUCGAGGCMAAAAAUUAAAUCGGAAAUCAUCGACAAGCUAGUAGCUGCAUUGCAAGAGACCAGAAGCCUCCUCCCAGGACGUACAAUAGGUAACAGAGCUUCAUUUUUUUUCCAUCAAUUUGAACACCACGCGAUACGAUCAUGUUUUGCCGGAUAUUUAUGCGAAAGUAUCCUAGAAUUUUUGAAAAAGUUAACGUAGAGUCAGUUCAAUGAUCUGGCUAAACUUCGGAUAACAUUCCGUUUACUUGAACAUUUGCAGGAAGUUGAGGUUUAGGAACAGCUAGAGAGCAUCCAGAUAGUAGAUUUAUUGUGCUAGCUCCUAUAGGAUUCUUGCAAUUUUGAUUUCUAUUGACAACCUCAACCUUACUACAGUCAAUUUCGAGUGGAGGGAAGAAAUGCGAGGAUGUUGCUUUCAUCUUCUUGAAUUUCUCCAGGUCCCAACUUUCGCCGAAGUUGUAGGAYGCCUUUUYCCCCCGUCACCAAUUAGAUGAAAUGGCGAAAAGAACGCUUUGGAAGCAAACUUCUGUUUCCGAUUUCUUUUAUUGUUGCGUGUUGAUUGCUUGGGGUUGUCACUUCUAUGCUCUUUGCAUCGUCGGCGAAUGAACUUCACAGGAUCAAAAACCUUUACAGAGUUUCCAGAGAGCGAUUUCUGUUCCUUCAAACCUCUUGAUUUGAUUUCCAUCCCAACCUCCUGCGCUCGAGAAGCAAGAUCGGCUGCCCACGAUGGCCAUAUUAUAGCAAGAACGAUAGCAAGAAUGUUCGAAAAGGCUGGAGAAAUAGAAAAAAUAGCUCCAG